GAAGGGGCGGGUCCUUCGGCGGAAGUGGGGGACAUGGCGGCGUUCACGAAGGCGGCCAAGUCGCGGCAGCGGCAGCACCUCGAGCGGGGCCAGCUCUCCUCGCGGAAGUCCCUGGGGCUGCUGGAGAAGAAGGCGGAUUACCGGCUGCGCGCCGCCGACUUCCACAAGAAGCGAGAUGCGUUGCAGGCGCUGCGCCGCCGGGCGCAGGAGAAGAACCCCGAUGAGUUCUACUUCCGGAUGACCCGCACGCCGCUGCAGGACGGGGUGCAUGUGAUCAGCCAGCAGGAAGCAGAAUCCACGCCUGAGCAGCAGAAGCUGCUGAAGACCCAGGAUCUGAAGUACGUGGAGAUGAAGCGAGCAGCUGAGGUCAAGAAAAUCGAGCAGCUGAAGUCGGAGCUCCACCUACUGGAAGCAGAGGGAAAACAGCCAAAUAAGCACCUGUUCUUUUUUGACACCAAGAAGGAAGUGCAAGAGUUUGAUGUUGCUCUCCAUCUGAACACUGCUCCGGAGCUGGUCAGCAGAGUCUACAACAGGCCAACCCUUGAAACCCUGAAGAAAAACGCAGUUUCCGGGAUCACCACUGAUGGACAGUUACAGAGGUUGGCUCGGCAGAGGAAGGGUCAGUACAGCCUGUUGAGGCAGCGCAUCGAGCGUGAACGGAAGAUGUUUGUCAUCGCACAGAAGCUCCAGACCCGAAAGGAUCUCUUGGACAAAACCGAGAGAGUGAAGCUGAAGAAGGAAACCGUAAAUCAGCCAGCAAUUUAUAAGUUCCAGUUUAGACGGAAGCGUUGACUCUUCUGUGAAGAGGGAUCUCCUCUCUUGAUUGUCUUGCAAACCCUACAAAUGCUUCUUUCUCUGCCUUAGCUUUACCUGGUACCUGUUCAAUAAACCCGAUAAGAACGGU